UUUCCCAGCAGAGCACCUGGGUUGGUCCCGAAGCCUCCAGCCACCUGCCCACACCUCUCUGGGGCAGCCAUGAAGUCCUUCGUCCUGCUCUUUUGCCUGGCUCAGCUCUGCCACUGCCUCUCUCUCCCAAAUGGCCUAAGUCCGGCUUACAGGCAACUGAACUGUGAUGACCCCGAAACAGAGCAAGCAGCCCUGUUGGCCGUGGACUACAUCAACAGCCACAUUCAUCAGGGCUACAAGCACGUCUUGAACCAAAUUGACAAAGUGCAGGUGUGGGCUCAGCCCACGGGAGAGUCGUUUAAGCUUGAAAUAGACACUCUGGAAACCACCUGCCAUGCACUGGACCCCACGCCCUUGGCAAACUGCUCCGUGAGGCAGCUGACCCAGCACGCUGUGGAAGGAGACUGUGACGUCCGACUGCUCAAACAGAACGGCCAGUUUUCCGUGUCGUUUGUAAAAUGUAAAUCCAGCCCAGACUCGGCCGAGGACGUGCGCAAGGUGUGCCUAGACUGCCCCCUGCUGGCCCCGCUUAACGACACCAGGGUGGUGCACGCCGUGGAGGCUGCGCUGGCCGCCUUCAACGCUCAGAAUAAUGGCGCCUAUUUUCAGCUUGUGGAAAUUUCUCGGGCUCAACUUGUGCCUCUUCCAGUUUCCGUCCAUGUGGAGUUUGCAGUAGCUGCCACUGACUGUGUUGCUAAAGAGGUCAUAGACCCAGCCAAGUGCAACCUGCUGGCGGAAAAGCAAUAUGGCUUCUGUAAGGCGACACUCACAGAGAAGGUUGGUGGGGAAGAUGUUGCUGUGACCUGCACGGUGUUCCAAACACAGCCCGUGGUCCCGCUGCCCCAGCCAGACGGCCCUGAUGUGGGGGUGCCCGGCCCUGUGGCAGACGCAGCUACGCCUGCACCUUCUCCAGCUGACCUGCCUGUAGCUUCCCUGGUGGUGGGACCUGUGGUGGUGGCAGCUCCCCAGCUCCCCCCGCCAGUGCACCGGGCACACUAUGACCUACGCCACGCCUUCGCGGGUGUGGGCUCAGGGGAGUCUGCCUCAGGAGAAGCAUUCCACGUGGAGAAGCCACCCAAGGUGGCACAUCCUAACACUGCUGCUGCCGCUGGUCCAGUGGUCCGCCCUUGCCCGGGGAGAAUCAGAUACUUCAAGAUCUAGGUGAAGGUCAGAGAUGAGAAGGUUUGGCACAGAGAACACAGCCACCGUUUUGUCCAAGUCUGGGUAUGGUGGGGGCCCUGUCUGCUAACAAAGCAAGUUCUCCAUGUGGUCUUGAUUAAUAUCAAGUCUUGACUCCCAAGUUCUCUUCGUUCUUCAGAGGACAGAAGCAGAGCGGGUGAUGGUUAUGUUUGCCAGUAACUUGAUUGUCCUUGUUUUGAUGCUAAGCAGCCACCACUGUAUUCUCUGCCUUCUUUUGACCUCACGAAAACAAUUAGAACUAUGACUUUCAGAGGUGCUCUUGCCAAGCUUAUAUGUGCUUGUUAAUAAAAGUGCCUGAAGGACCUUCCUUAAUAAAGAAGGUUCUGAGCUGAAA